AUGAUUUCAACCACAACGACCAAGUUCGUGGCUCACCCAAACUGCCAGCAGCACCUGACGAGCGUUUGGUACGGUAAAGAGAUGGCAUUCCUGCAGUCAUCUUCUCACUGGAAAAAAGUUACAUGUUUUUUGUAUUUCUGUUUUGUUUCUUACGCAUAUGAAGCUUUCGUUGGGCUGGAAAAAUUAGCAUCACACCUGUUAGAAACUCUUAUUCAGAAAUUACUUUUCGUCCUCAUGAUUAUCAGGAAAUUAUUGCAACAAUUUUGUUGUAAACCUGUUGAUAAAAUGUUGAUGUGGCUGGUCACCAUCCCUGCCGUCCCCCUCCUCUGCAUUGCCUACCUCAUCUACCCACAGUCCAAAGUUUGUCUACGUCUGUUUACUUGUUUGUUUGUUUGCUGUGAAACCGGAAGAAUCCGAUUGAAAGCAAGCGCCGAUGUCUUGAAGCUCUUGUCCACAUGUCGGUUUAUCGGUUAUUUUGAAGGUUCAGUCGGAGCGGAAGUUAGAACGGGUCACGUGACUAGCGAUGGGGGUGUUGUGGUCACUGACCACGGUAGUGUGGACGACAAGCUUAAUGAUGGUUUGAAUAGUGGUGAGAAUGUGAUGAACUUGAGUGAUGAUGAGGUUGAUGGGUUACUCAAGAACACAUUUCGUCCAUGCAAUGUGCACUACAGUCUGAUCAUCUACAUACUGGGAAUGAUGUGGGUGGAGUGCAAGCAGUUGUACAAGGAGGGCAUGAGGAGCUAUCUGGCCGACAGCUACAACUGCAUCGACUUCAUCGUCCUCUCCCUCUACAUCUCCUCGUACGUACUCAGAAUCGUCGUCCAGUUCCAUCUUAGCAGGGCCAAUGAAAGUUUUGGCGACUUGGCGGCAAAGGCGGAAAAAUACCUCCGUUCCGAGAACUUUGAAGCUUUCAAGAAUUUGGUGGCCAGCACCUGUGAGGAGCCACUGAGCAGGGAGAAGUACUUCAUGAGGACGUCCAGGUUCGACUGGCAGAUGAACGACCCGGAGAUAGUCUCGGACAUGUUGUUCGGACUGGCAAACGUUUGGAGCAUCGCGAGGACGACCUACCUCAUGCCUGCCUUCGAAGUCCUCGGUCCUCUGCAGAUCGCACUUGGCAGGAUGAUGGGGGACAUUGCCAAGGUGCUCGUCCUCUUUACCCUGGUGCUGAUGGCAUUCAUGGUGGGCCUGCACAAUUUGUACUGCUACUACGGGUCGCAGACGUACAGACUGUUCAACAACGAAACCUUCAGAACCAUCCAUGCAUCGGAAACAUUUCAAAACCUCUGGCGAACGCUGCUGAAUUUGUUCUGGUCGAUGUUUGGAGUGGUGCCACUGGACAGCAUCGCCAUUAAGCAUCCGUCUCAAAUAUAUGGAUCAUUACCACAACACUCAUUUUCGUCAACAUCGUUAUCGGCACCAUCUUCAUCGUUAUCAGCACCACAGACGUUUAUUACUGUAGCCAGUGCAUUUGCGACACUGACGCAAACGACCCUGACUCCUCAUCCGACUCUGAGAUCGUUGUCAUCAUCAUCGGUCGAUAUUUUGUCAUCAUCGCCAUCCUUGUCUUCAUUUUCUCCAUCCCCAUUCAGUUCUUCACCCUUAUAUUUACCAUUUAAACCACCAUCACCACCUUCCUUAUUUACAUCCGCCCAUGCAAACGCCACACCUCCUGCGCCGUCAAUCCCACCCCUACCCUUAUCAUUGCCGUUGUUAUCACCAUCAUUUCAAUCAUCAUCAUUUUCCAAAUCAUCAAAAUCUUUCUCAAAGUCGUCAUCCUCAUCAUCAUCAUCAUCAUCAUCGUGGUCUUCGUCUUCGUCAUUGUCCUGGUCAUCCCCAAGCGAUGCAUCUCUGGCGAGCCAUCCGGGCUCCACUAUUAUAGUUGAGGGGGUGGGUCUGUUUUUGUUCGCCCUCUAUCACGUGACCGUCAUCAUCGUUCUGGUCAACAUGCUCAUCGCUAUGAUGAGUCACUCAUUUGAAGCUAUUCAGGGAGAUUGUGACGUCGAGUGGAAGUUUGCUCGGACGAAGCUCUGGAUGAGUUACAUAAUCGUGGAGGACACCCUUCCCAUCCCCUUCAAUAUGCUGCCCACCCUCGACGCUCUCAAGUCCUGUUGUGGCGGCUUCUUGAGCCACAUAAGAGGGUUCAACGGGAAUAUAGUCAAAAUGUUACAAGUAAUAUGUCAGAAAAAAUUAAUCCUGAGAACCAAAAGCGAGUUAAUUCAAACGCUGAACUGCCACGUCUACAAGUUAGUCGUUGGAAGUGCCUUGUCACACGCUGUUAUUAGAGCGUGGCUUUAUUCGAAUGCUGCCUGCCUGAAACUCGAAAACUAUCAUGCGCCAUGGCGCCACGGCAAACUUCAUCACACGACGAACGCUGACAUCUUACAGCGACUUGUCAGGAGGUACCUCUUCAAGCUGGAGAGGAUGAAGGAUGAAAUAAAUAACCACCACCAUGUCCAUCUCGGUGACCAUGUGCAUCACUAUGACCACAACCACCAUCACGACCACCACCACCACGACCACCACCACGACCACCAUGACCACCACAACCACUACGGUCAAGCAGAUAGGGACCCUACCCGAUCGACCUCUGAGAUGACCUCCAGCAUCACUUACGUUCCCGACUAUGCAAAAGACAGGAAAGAGUCAGAUGCAAAACGUAAAACAACGCAAUCAAGUUUUGGAAGCAACCAAAGUCUGGUCUUCAACUUCUCGCCAUCAUCACUUGUUUUCACGCAGCAACACGGCGGCGGCAGCUCCAAGCCGCAACGAACACGACCUCCAUCCAUUCGUCGUCGUCGUCAGCAACAUGUUUCCUGUCAGCAACUCUAUCAACUCAACUUGCAAGAAUAUCAGGAAUCAUCUGAGCAGGAGCAACCACAACAACAGCAACACCAACCACAACAUCAUCUGUCGCAGCAAUUACAACAACAAUUACAUCAACAAAAACAUUAUUCGCAAGAGCAACAUAGAGAACAAAAUGACCUACCAAAACAACCGCAACAACAGUACACCCACAGCACGGGCAACAACAUCAGCAGCCCGGACAACAACAUCAUCUCUCGCUACGGAAACAAGUGCUCGCUCAAUGGCAACCAUAACACCACCAUCACCGACAACAACAAUAUCUCCACCAACCACAACAACUCAACAACAAAUUCCAAUAAUUCAGCAAACAACAACGGCGACUCCAUCACCAAAAUCAGAAGCAGCGGGACCUCCCUAUCGUCGCAACCGCCCACUGAAAAAACAAAAAUCCAAAUCGAGGCAAUCAUCAAAAACAUCAACCUCUUCCAGGUGAGAUUGAGUCACGUGAGGGCUAUAACAACCAGGAGGGAUGUCUUGAGGGAUGACAUCAAGCAUGUCAAGAGAUUACUGUUGGAGAAUUGCAAGGCACUGCUGUCCGUCCUGUCUGUUCUUGAGUCCAUACGAGUCGAAGUGAAGUGUCUCGAGACCAUCGCGAGACUGAAACGAGAGAACAUGAUGAAGAAAUGAGAGGGAGUAAUUUAAUUUUGAACUAAUUUUCUUUUGUUUGAUGGUUUAAUGAAGUUGUCGUUGUUUGUUGUUGUUAUUGUUGUUGCUGUUGUUAAUGUUUGUUGUUGUUUGUCAUUGUUGUUGUUAAAUUGCUGGGAACCAACAUUUCUGCAAAAAGCAUUUUAAAUUGUGGACCUGAAUGCAAACGAAAGAAGAAGAUAAUAAAUGUCUUUGAACUCAAAACUUUGUUUAAAUAUCAUUUUUUUUAAAUUGUCCAAUUAUAUAAAUUGUAUAUUGAUUAUAUCAACUAUACCAAUUAUAUAAUUGUGUAUACCUUGUAUUGACAAUAGGAAGUUUCUUGCUGGUAUGAAAGGAUAUAUGUUUGUAGCAACGUUUAUGUCGCUCUCGAUGGGAUUCCUCAAAGAACUUGCGAACGAACUUUUAAAAUUUGAUGAGAGACGAGGGGUUGUUUGCUUUUGAAAUUUUUAUUUUUUGAAAAUGCAUUUGAAGAAAAAGG